AUGGCUGCUCUUUCUGCUACAGCGGGUACUGAUCUGCCGAAAAGCGUGCAAGAAAUGUCCAUCAAUGGCAGCGAACCUCCACAAGAGUACAUCGUUAAAGAUGCCACCUUUGGCCCUGUAGAGGCUUCUCCACCGUUGGGUUCGAUUCCCAUUAUCAAUAUCAGCUUAUUCCUCCCAUCCUCAUCACAUGAUGCUGAGCAAGUGGAGAACGAACUCCUGAAACUCAGAUCAGCUCUAAGCUCAUCAGGAUGCUUCCAGGCAAUAGGCCAUGGAAUUUCGAGUUCAUUUCUUGACAAGGUCCGUGGAGUUGCAAAACAAUUCUUCUCACUUCCAGUGGAAGAGAAGCAGAAGUACUCCCGAGCAGUAAAUGAGUCUGAAGGGUAUGGGAAUGAUGUAAUUGUCUCAGAAAAGCAAGUUCUUGACUGGUCCUAUCGCCUAACCCUAAGGGUUUUUCCAGAAGAUCGAAGAAGGCUCAAUCUUUGGCCGGAAAAUCCAACUGAUUUUGGAGAGACUUUACAUGAAUAUGCAAUGAGGACAAAAUCUGUGGUGGAUCUUCUGUACAAGGCCAUGGCAAAGUCACUGGAGUUGGGAGAGGAUAGCUUCUCGAAGCAGUUUGGAGACAAUACAUUGAUGCAAGCCAGGUUUAACUUCUAUCCACCAUGUUGUAGGCCUCAUCAGGUUCUUGGGGUCAAACCUCAUACAGAUAGGUCAGGAGUUACAGUUCUCUUGCAAGAUGGAGAGGUUGAAGGCCUUCAGGUUUUGAUUGAAGACAAAUGGGUUAGAGUUCCCAUUGUUCCUCAUGCUCUUCUGGUAAAUCUUGGUGACCAAAUGCAGAUAAUGAGCAACGGGAUAUUCAAGAGUCCCAUGCACAGGGUUGUGACAAACACCGAAAAGAUGAGAAUGUCGGUGGCUAUGUUCAAUGAGCCGCAGCCGGACAGAGAGAUCGGACCGGUGGAGUGCUUGAUUGAUGAGAAGAGGCCAAGAUUAUAUAGAAAUGUUACGAAUUAUGGCGCUAUCAACUAUGAGUGCUUUCAAAAAGGCAAGAUUGCACUUGAAACUGUUCGAAUUUAAAGUUUUCAUUUAAAUCCUCAAUUUCCAGUUAAUAAUUAAU